GAGAGAAUCCGGGAUAAUCCGCGGCAAUUGUUGUUGUUCCAGCAUGUCGACCCGUUGAUCACCAGUUUUGAAGGCGACAGACCUCAGCAAAAUGUACAGCAGUCCGGUAUCUGAUCGGGGGGUGGGAGUAACUACCCCUGCCUCCUAUUCAUCUGCGAGUGCAAGGGCAGCUGCUGCUGCAGCUGCACGGAGAAGGAGUGCGGGAGUUUUCAGUGCUGCCAAGCGCUCACCUUACACCCCAGGUCGGUCAACGUCAAUGAAUCGUUCCCUUCAGACAUCCCAACUGUUAGAAGGCAGCGGUCAGUAUUCCCUGGAGAGUUAUGGGGCGUCCUUGCCUGCACUCGUCAUGGAAGCACUCACAUUUGCAGAAAGAAACAUAGAAAUUUCUGCAGUGUUAUCGCACGAAGGGUGGGCGUGGCUAGUCUGUGGCCGCCGCUUGUUGGUGUGGCGCUACCGUCUGGACGAGACACGUCGCCUCGUCAACCAUCAGUUUAGGGAGCUGACACUGCCACCAUCGGACUUGGCACAUCGGGCCCAGCUGGUGGUUGUUUAUGCGGCAAAUGAGGGACAGGUACCGUCGUGUAUUGCGGCAUCUCCAGAGGGGUUCGUGCGGUUCUGGCCAAGCAUUGCUCAUGAAGGCUCCUAUAAUGAAGUCAGCACCGAACUUCAGGGCCAGGAGUGCGACAGCUUGGUGUUCCUGGGAGCUGCUCUGGGCUGUCUCUUGGCAACCACCACGUCCACCACACUGCUCAUCCAGCCAGGCGGGGGAUCAGGAGGGAACCAGACCAUCAAUGUUCGACAGUUAAAGGUGCCAGCUGGCCUGCUAGGGGGCAUAUCCCGCAGGGUGUCGUCGCUCGUCUUUGGCUCCAUGCCAACACAAGCUCCUGAAGCUAGGCUGGUGAGGGCCGUAGGUGUCCAUGGGGCCGACAAGGACCAGCGUGCCGUGCUGGUGCUGUCGGCUCACUCCUUGCAAAAAUGGUACCUUGUUCCUGGAGAAGCUGACAAGCUGGUAUACGAGUGUAAUGUAGAGAAGUACAUAAGAGAAGGCUUUGUGGACCAUGUGUGGGGUCGUGAGCGUGCCGGAGCAACACAGUUGCGGGUGUGGCUAGUAGACAUGCAGCCCUCAACCGGCGACUUGACUGUUAUGAUCCUUGCUGCAGCAGUGAACCCACAGGUUUCUCAGCAGCUGGUGUACGCUCUUGCCAUGAUGGAAACAGGAGGCAAUGCUCCACCUCUGACAGUGAGCAACUUCUCUGUGUUGAAGCACUCCGAGUACUACCAGGAGUCGGCUGAGAACGUCCUCCUGGCCCAACGGUUCUUGCUGUGCUCCAAUGCUGCAUAUAUUUACAACAAAAACACCGUUCUCUGUGUUUCAGCGGUGGGGGAAGGUGACAGUGGAGAUCGAGUAGAAUUCUCUGGGGCAGGGGACAGCAUCCUCGGGGUAGGCCGCUCUAAAGGUCUUCCGCUGUUCUUCUCUGCCAACCAUGGCAUAGUGUCCAUCACCAGCAACCAGCACCUUAACCAGUCAGGUGCACUGGUGAACGAGAGUGUAGCAGAGGACACAUCAAGGCUGUGUGAAGCCCUGAACAUUAGCAGCAUGGGACUGGACUACAUCACCUCAAGUCAUGACUACACUGCCAAACUCCAAGCAGCCUUUCUUCACUUCAACAAGAGUAACGUCUCGCAAGCUCAGGCCCUGCUGGAUGAGCUCUUUCCUGGGUCUGAUAACACCAACCUGGAUGCAACGGUGAUCCAGCUGUCAACCAACCUACUGAAUGAUUCGCCAGCCAAUGACCCUCGGUGGGCCGAGAGCAACCAAGCUGGAGGAGCUGGGGCAUCCUUGUCAUUCCUCAUUCAGAAUCAGCUGCGAGACAAGACCAUGGCUCAUCAGUAUUUUAUCAGUUUCUUACACCAGACGGGAUUGUGGCAGCGCCUUAGUGUGGGCAUUGUAGAUGAGACACGGGUACUGACACGGAUUGUGUUGACUGAGCAUGGCGAGAGGUUGGCAUUUGCUACAGCAUUACGUACCAAAUACAAUGACCACCAGCACCUCAUUGAUGCUGCUAUCAGGCAUGUGCUGACUGAACGCAAUGAGUCGCCCAAGGGCAAGCUGACUCAUGCUGAUCUUUUCUACCGCUCUGUCAGCAAAGUUGAAGACAUCAUUUGGGGCUUGCUGCGGGCACAGGAGGAAGUGUUGGCAGCCGAUGUGGCCCCACGCGAUGCUCCUGCCACAAUACACUCGGUGAACGUGCUCAUCCUCGCACUGCUGCGAAGUACAAAGGUUAUCUCGGGGAACAUUACUGCUAUUACAGGAACCACAAAUGAUCCACCACUAGAGCAUAUUCCAUGGACUGCCUCCCAAGGAUCUCGUGGAGUGCGUACGUUGUUACUAGAACAACACGCCACAACUGUCCAGGUUGGUUUAGUUCGUGCAGAAGAUGGUGCUACCAGAGCCAAGCUGUAUGCUCAGAUGGUUGAUCUUGCCGAUGUUAUCCUGAGCGGUUAUCAGCCUCAGCUGCGUUCCCUGGUUGCUGUGAGCCACGACUCGCACCAAGCUCUCACACGUGCCUAUGAAAGGGACCGUUAUAACCUCAUUCAGCCUCUAGUGAAAGGAGAACAAUAUGACCAAGCAGUGGGCCUAGCUGAAAAAUAUUGUGACUUCAGAACACUGGUUGAAGUGUGUGAUCGCACCGACAACCAAGAAAGACUCGGCCAGUACAUGACGCAGUUUGGAUCUGAUGGGUUCUCCGACUUUGUGUUCAGGUGGUAUCUAGAGACGGGUAAGCGAGGGCGACUUCUGAGCCAUGGGGCUCAGGGGGAUCUGUCCCGCUUCCUUCAAGACUACACUUCUCUGGCCUGGCUCCACCACAUUAAGACGAGAGAUUUUACAGCUGCUCACACAACGCUACGGCAGUUGGCACUAGAAGAAUCGGCAUAUCUCAGUAGGAAAAAGACUCUGCUGAGUUUAAGCAAGCUGUGUCAUCUUGCAUCCAGCAUACCUGGAACAGGAGAGACGAAUUUGCUGGACGAUGACACUAUGAGAUUAGAAGAGGAACUUAUCGUCUAUCAGGAGCAGCUGCCCGAGCCAGUUCUUACGGCACACUCCCUCGACCCAGACAGUAUGAGAGUCCUGUCUCCCAACGAACUUGUUCAUCUAUAUACAAGUGAAGAAAAUGUUUAUGCCAAUGAAUUCGACUUCAAGAAGGCACUGGACCUGCUGGCAUUUGUGCCAGAGGAUGAGGUGCCUGAGCUCAAGCUAGAAAUUUGGACUCGAGCCAUCUUGAGAAACUCUUGGGAACAUAUGGACACGGAUAAUCCUCUGGAGGCCAUCAGUGACACCCUUCUCUUCAAGACCAUAGAAUUAGCAUUUUCCCAAGGGAGUGACAUCCAGGAGCUGUUGAUACCUGUUGAGGAGCUACUUGCGUGUGACAAACUUGACAAUCUACGAGAAGAUGCUUCAUUUAAAUUCCUUGUCAAUGCUGGCUAUGAGAAGAUUAAUCAGCUCAUUUGCUGACAGUGUAAUGUCAGAAUUUUGUGGUUGAGGCAGAGAGAUGCACUCUACAAUGGUCCUUAUAAAUUUGAAACAUUCAUAUUAAAUCUCUCUAGAUAGAAUGCAGUGAUUUGUGUCUUGAAGAAAAGCUGCUCUUGAAUGAAAAAUGGAUUGUAAACUUAGAACACAUACUGGAGCAGAUUAAUAAUUUUUUUAUUUGGCACAUUCUGUUGGUUUACUUUAUUUUUAUAUUUUUUUUUGAUGCAUAAACACAUUAGGAUGUUUUUAAAUGUGUGUGAAAGGUAGUUUUAAUUAUAAGACAUUUUAUUACCAUUUGUAAGGAUUAAAUUUCAUUAUUUCCAGUAUUACAUAACAAA